AUGUCAAACAAUGUCUCAUCCCACGUCGCAACGCGUGUCCCGACCGUCGAUGGUGCCUUUGGGGAUCCUUAUGAUCACGAAAUCGCCUUGAUCGACGCCACCGAUGCCGCGGACGCCCCCAAGCAAGACGGACCUCGACCGAGUUCCUCCAGCAAGUUGUCAAAGGUCCCCACCCGGGGCUUGGUCAAAGAUCAGCUCGUCAAGCGGAAAUAUGCCAAAUGGCAGGCGGAGCGCCUGGGGACGCAGUCGAGCUUGGACGGCCCGGACGAGGCCAGGCCAACCCCCGGGGGCGUAGAAGGUGGCGACCCCGCCCAGCCGACAGACACGGUGGAUUUCGCUCACGACGGUGCGGUCAACCGCGGUCAAAAGAGUGCGGAAAAGAGACGGCGAGAGUCGAAGCGACUCAAACACCAGGUUCAUGAGAUUGACAUCCUAUAUGAGAACCAACGCGGCUCGUUCUUCUGCGGCAUCCCGCUCUACUCCCACUCCUCCCUCCUGCCCGUCGACCCCGGACCGUGGGUGAACAAGGACUUUCACGACUCGCCCGUCAACAUCACAAACGCCCAAGUCCCCGAUCCGAGCUGGGAAUGGGCGUGGAAAACUUGGUACGUGGACAUGAGUCACGACGUGGACGAAGAGGGGUGGCAAUACUCGUUUUCCUUUGGACGCAACUUUUCCUGGCACGGCACGCAUCCCUGGUUUCACUCCUUCGUCCGCCGCCGAAGGUGGCUCCGGAAGAGGGUCAAGAGGGACGACCAGACGCGCCGGGACCGGCCGGGGAGUCUGGGCGCCGCGCACCACCUCGCCGGCGAUUACUUCACGAUCCAUUCGAAACGCGACCGGAGCCCGGCGAGCGUCGACGGGACCGCCAAAACCGCCCGCCCGGCCAGCUUUCUGAGCUACCAAAGCACCGUCGAGUCGGAAGGCCCUCCCGAGGACAUCAAGGACAUUGCCAGUCUGCUCAAAGCGCUCAAGCUCGCCACGGUCGACCGGGAAAAGAUCGACGUGGUCAAGCGCUUCGUCAACCAGGCCGGCGACGAACUCCACUACCUGGGAGAACACAUACCGGACGUCAUGUCGUUCCUCGUCUUCCAGAACUCGCGGACACAGUUGCUCGCCCAUCUUAAGAAGACGGCCGACGACGCCCGUCGGCACCGGCAGAAGCACGAGGACGAGCGACGGCCCGAGGGCGACGAGGAGAGUCGCCGAAUCGACCAUCUCGUCAAGGCGGUCGACGCCGCCAACGCCCAAAUCGGCGGCCUGGAGUUCUGGAGCGACCGGAAACACGUGCUCAAGAUCUCCGACGACAACGCCCUCGAGACGAGAGCCAUCGCCACCAUUUUCGACGCUCCGGCUCCCCAACCCGAGGUGGAUGCAGAUCCCGUCAAGGAAAUCAAGGGCAUUCCCAAAUCUGCCGACUUGAACGGAGACAGGACGGCAUCGGUGUUCCGUCAGCAGACGUCGCCGGUGGACGAACGCGAGAAGGAGAAGCAGCAAGACAAGGGCAAGGGCCGAGCGAGGGACCCCGACAAUGAGGAUGACGAGGUCGAAGCCGACUUGAAAGCGACCUCGACUCCCCGACUGCGGCCAGAUCAACUCCUCGUCCCGGACCCAGAUUAG